ACGUACCUUUUUUGCAGAUCAACCCAAGGCCAACUGUAGCCUGUUACCUUCUCCAAGAAGCAACUUUGGGUUCCUUGACUUAAGAUACGGAAUUGGAGCAGGAGCUUCUGAAGUGGAGGAAAGCCCUUCCUGUCUGCCUGGCCAAAGGAGCCGCUGUCAUGGCCAGGAUUGAGGUGACAGAAGUCUUUGAGGGCAUAUCAGUGCCAGGAAAUAUGCACACCCAAGAGAGCCUGCGUGCUGCCGCCAACUUCCAGUUCCAAGACACAGACGUCCUCUUGGUCACCUUCCCAAAGUCAGGUACAACCUGGAUGCAGCAAAUCCUGAGCCUCAUCUUCAACAAAGACGAUUUACAGACCAUCCAGAGCAUACCUACCUGGGCUCGGGUUCCCUGGCUUGAGCAUACAUAUUUAUUGGAUAAUUUGACCCAGAUAGAGACAUCCAAACCACGCCUCUUCACCACUCACUUACCUGCCAGAUUACUGAUUCAUAACCUGAAGAACUCUAAGGCUCGAGUGGUGUACCUGGCACGGAACCCAAAGGAUGUCCUGGUCUCCUUCUAUCAUUUCCACAAGUUUGCGAAGUUUCUGCCAGAUUUCAAUUCCUUUGAAGACUUUUUUGGCCACUUCCUGGAGGGCAAAGUGAAUUUUGGUUCCUGGUUUAGCCACAUAAAGGACUGGCUAAGUGUCCAGCAAGAACUGAAUUUCUUUCUGAUCACUUACGAAGAUCUGUCUCAGGACCCUCUCCAGGCUGUCCAGAGCCUGUCUGACUUCCUGGGCCAGCAGCUGGAACCCAAAGAGCUUGAGAACAUCGUACAUUACUCCAGUUUUUCCUUCAUGAGUCAAAAUGAUAUGCUUAACUACUCUCUUGUCCCUCCGGAGGUACUUGACCACAGCAUGGGAAAGUUUAUGCGGAAAGGUGUAGCAGGAAACUGGAAGGAAUACUUCUCCCCUGAGCAGAAUGCCAGGUUCAAUGAUGUGUACCAGGCAGAGCUGGGCGAUCUCACCGUUAAAUUCCCCUGGGCUCUGGACUGACCAGGAAAACCAAAAUCAGACCCUUUCUCUCCUCCUUGGCUGAUCAUUGUAGUGACGCUUCACCUCUGCUCCCCACCACGCUCUCCCACCCCUGCCUUGAUAAGCUGUAGACUGUCCAGAAGGGGGCAGACAGGAUGGGAGGGAACCUCAGGUUCUUGUGGGGUGGGCAAAGCCUGGCUGAGGAGAGCCUGCUGGCAGUUCAGGGCGCCUUUGGAACAAAAUGGCCGUAGAAGGCAAUUCACUUCCGUCUAGGAAGAGUAGCUUUACUUCUGCAUAGUGUUAAACCUGGAGUCAGGAAGACCUGAGUUCAAAUCCAGCCUCAGACACCUCCCAGCUGUGUGACUCUGGGCAUGUCAC